UGCCUCGGGUGUGGGAACAUUUAGAUCAUUUAUAAGUAACAAUCUUGAAAUGGAACAACUUGAUUCCCAUCGUCUCAAAUGCUUCCGAUUCCAUCGCGUUCGUUACCCACCUUUGACAUUGGGUUCUGAGUAUCAAACUCCUGAUGGAGUUGGUAUCCAUCCAGAUCAUGGUCAGACAUAAUCAAUAAAUUAAAUAAAUGACUAUGAUGAAAUGAUAAUAAAUAACAAGGUAUUGGCAUGCAAAGUGUCAUCAUUUCUAGAGAUAACGCAUAGAAGUUCUCUUUUUAUUCUUGAGGGGGGGGCCAAGAUUUCAUUGACCGACAGUGGUAUUAAAGAAUAUGCAGACAUUCAAUUGAGUUUGUGUCGGUUUUCUCUAAUCUGUUACAGUUAAUUGCUAGCUAAAGGGACCAACAGAAAAUUUCUUGAUUUCACCUCUUUCUUUUUGUGCCAAUAAAUAACUAUGAUGAAAUGAUAUUAAACUUAUUUGAGAUGUGGGUUUUGAUGAUCGGUGCCACUAAUCUGCAGGUCAAUGGUUGAAGAGGUUCGGGAGAAUCAAACGACAAUGGAGAAGCAGGGUAUCAUAAUAUUUCUUGUAUGCUUGAUUUUUGGAUUCUUGGCUGUUGUGAGGCUAUUCGUAGAUAUGUCGAGUGUUAAGAGAACAGAGAAGUCCAGGAAAUUUUGUUGUGUGAGCUCUUCCUGGCUCUUGUUACUAUGCAGUUGUAGCCUUAUCAUUUUUGUACUUUCAUUUUAAUCAUGGUUUUUCAUAGAAGCAUUUCAUCUGGAGUCAAUCUUUAUUCCCUUUUCUGGGUUUGGAGGGAUCUUAUAAAAUCCUAUUAACUGUUUUGGAUACUUGAAAUGUAUUUUCUGGGUCACGUGACAUUUAAAUUU